CGCCCGGCUCCGAAGCGGGUGAACGGCCGUCCUCGCGCCCGUCCGCCCCGAGCCCCUUCCUCUGCAGACUUUACACCCAGAUGCUGAAUCCGGCGGCGGCGCAUGCGCGUAUCCGCCCGCCGGGUCUCCGCUCUGGAGUUGAAACUGGAAGCAGCCGGAAGUCGUUGUGCGUCCUCACGUCCACUCUGCACGGACCGAAACUCAGGCCCAGGAAGAGAGGUUCCGCGAUUGGCCUGGGCUGGAGGCGCGAUGGAGACGGGCACCGAGGACGCGGCGCUGCUCGGCGGCCCGACGCUGACCUCCUCCUGGGAUGCCGAAAGCGGGGCGCCGGCGCCGAGCCUUCUCACCCGGGCUGGUGUCGGCGCCUCGGACCUGGACUGGGAGGAGCUGCUGGCGCCGCCUGCUCCGGGCCAGGAUCUGGUGAGUUUGAAGAGCAGCAGCCCCCAAAGUGAACACCCCUGCUUCCUUUACCUGAAUUGUGACCCUCAUGGAGGUGAAGAAGUCCUUUCUGUUGGCAUUCUAAGUUCAGCAAGGAAUAUGGAAGUAUACUUAGGAGAAGAGUACUGUGGAACCAGUAGGGGCAAGAAUAUCUGCACUGUCCUGGAUAACAGUGAACAUGAAAAGAUUAUUUUGUACAAAAAGUAUUUAAAAUUGGAAUCUUCCACACAUUCUUGUAAAAUAAAGUUACUGUCCUUUGGUGAAAAGCAGUGUGUGUUCCUCAGUAAAGUUGUGGUACAAAUGAGACCAGUAUCUUCAAAUUCAUCACGAAGCACUCCUACUUUAGGAUCAAGGAUAGACCUCGACAAUAUCCAAACCAUAAUGGAGUCCAUGGGAUCAAAGUUAUCACCUGGAGCUCAGCAACUGAUGAAUAUGGUUAGGUUUCAGCAGCAGAAGUGUAUUCCCCUUGCAGAGCAGCUUCAGUCUGUUUUGGGAACUGCUGGAUACAAGCAUGCGAUUGCCCUACAAUCAUCAUCUACCGUAGGAGCCUCCAAUAAGUCAUCCUCUACACCGUUUCCCUUUAGAACUGGAUUGACAUCUGCAAACAUGACUGAGAACUUAAGGGCUUUCAUUGAUAAAAGUACACACCCACCUGUUGAAGAAAACACCAAAAACCAGUGUAAAAUUGUGCCACAACAUCAUUCCCUUCUUGAAAAGGAGCUUAAAAAUGCAAUGUCUUUCUUACCAAAGAAAGCAAAUGACAACUCAAAUGUCCCCAACUCUGAGUUGCUACCCUUUCUCCAGAAUAUAUGCAGUCAAGUCAACCAUCUCCGCAUGGGACAGAACACCAAACGGCAGGAACACACCGCCAAGCCCCAUGAAGGCAUUGUUGGUGUUGCAAUUGAAGAACAACCUAUUUGUUCCUACUUGGAAAAGAUUCUUUCUAAAAAUAUGGAGUUGAUGGAGAAGAGGCUUAUGGACUAUAUUGAUCAACGAAUAUAUAAGCUUCAGGAGCAUGUGGAUGAUAAGAUUGCAUUGUUAACGGACUUGCUACAAAAUCCCAACUUCCUUCCUACUGGGCUGCCUCUAAAACACUGUGACUCUGGAGAAAGACUUUCCAAUGGGGAAAGAUAAGCUCUCAACAUGUGCAGUGCAGCUCAGAUAUUUAUUACAUAUUUAUUACAAAGCCAAACCUCUAAAAUGUUUAUGAAAAGCAAGUAUUUAAUAUCCUUUGAAGGAUCAUUGUCGUAACAUAAAGUGACCUCAGUGUUCAUUUCACUGCCCUGCUUAUUACAAAUCUAGUACUGUAUGCUAAGAGUUAACAUGAUACAUUCAUAAGUUACGUUGUUUGUGAUAUUUUCACUCUUAAAAAACUUAUAUACUUGUGUUGCUUAACUGUUUAAAAUGUUUAAGGAUUUCUGAUGCAAUUCCUUGGUUUGUAUUGUAUAUUAUAUACAUGUUUGAAGUGAAGUUUUUAUUAUUUAUAGAAACACCUUAUUUGAUAGUCUUAGAACUAUGCAAAAUAAUGCUUAGAAUGUUUGAUUUUCUUUUUCUAAUUGUUCUUGGAAAAUUGGAUACUUGGAACUUUUAAUUUAGGUCACCAAUUUUCAUUUUGUACCGUUUUUCUGAGAUAAUGAAUGAAAUACAGUGUUUGGCACGUAUGAUACCAGUUUGGUGUUAGGACUGUUUGUUUCAUUGCAUAGUUGUAGAAGGAACCUGUCUGUUCAUUUUGAGUACUGCUCUUUUGGGAUUGGUGCUUUGUGCAGUCAUCUGUUUGAUCUCAGUAAACUCUGGCUAUGUAAGGAAUUCUCUCCUUUCUUAGUCAUACAGGUUUUUAUCCUCAAAUUCUUUUUCUGGCAUGUUUAAUGUGUUACAUUCCGAGAAUCUGAAUUGAAGGAUUACAGUGUAUGAAUCAAGGAGAUUGCAAGUCUCUGUUUUCAGAAUUUAUAACUAUUGUUUAUGUGUUGAAGGGUGAUGCAUUUGCAUCUCAAAAUAAACACAUCCACUCUGGAA